AUGCAGUUUCAUUUCGUUUUGUCUUUACACAUUCCUGAAGGUAAUGCAGAAGCAGAAGCAGAAGCUGGUGGUGAUGAAGCCAAUGACCAUAUUCCGGUUGUGGAUGAUAGAAAAACAACGAAAAACCUAAUAAUUACGGAAGAGGACUACAUUUGUGAAGCGUGCUUUGAUGUAUCCAUGCAGUCUAUUAAUGCUCAAAUUCAUGGAAACAAUGAGUGUCAUCCAUCUGCUUGUUCAUCUCGCCUUGGUCAUACUCAAGUGUGCCCCGUUUGUGGUCGAUCAUUGCUCAAUCGUCAAAGUGACCAUAUUCACAAAGAAAACCCAUCAAGCCUCACACUAAGAAUGAUCAACUUAAUUCGAGCUACUGUAGCACCUCGUCAGAUAUCACAAUAUGAUCGUGUAUGUCAUGCCUGUUGGUUGAGGUUUAAAAGACAAGCUCUUUUAACUCAACAACAGGAUGAAAGAAGAGGCUUAGAAGGUGAUGAGACUCCUCACGGUCAAGAAGAAGUGGAACAGCCUGUUGAUGCAGUUCAUGUUCCAGAAUUACAACCUCCCCCGUUUCUUGCAAGUACAGAUGAAAGGGAUUCGUCUGUAGAAUCAGUUGCAGCUCCAGAGGUUCAUUCGCUACAAUCUCAAACCCAACAAUCAAAUCAACAACAAAAGGCGGACAGAGAAGAGGCGCUGGUGGACGCAGGGCCUCUGGUCCACGUUCGCGUGGUGGGCGGCCUGGUGGAGGUGGUGGCGUCUUACAGAGGCCUUCUUCUGACUCGUAAUAGCGGUUUUUUAUUAACACAAAAUAAUUAUUAUUAUACUCCUCUCGCCACCUACAAUCCUCUACGCCACAUUCAAUCGUAA